UAUGAAAACCGACUUGAAGUGUGACAAAGUGUAUUGAAUAAUGGUUUCCAUUUCAGAUAUGGUUGCCAGCCAGCCAUGAAGAAUGCCAACACACAUACACCAUCAUCUCCAUCCUUUUUUAUAUUAAAAAAUUAUUAUUCCGGGAUUUAUUUAUUUAUGGAUUCAUUUAUUCCUGUUUUUACUCUCUACCUGUGACCUUCCUUCCUUAUAAUCUUUGGCGUCGUUUUUUUCAUGAUUUCUUGUUGAAGUCUUUCUCUCUCCUCCAGGUUUGAUUUCAAGUGAUUGGAGAUGAUUCGAACGAUGGCAACCCUGAAGAAGAACAAUUAAGAUUAGUUUUGUUUAUUUCAUUGAAUAAUUUGAAGGAAGUCGAGAUCAAAGUGGAUAUUAUGGGUUAUCUGAAUUCAGUAUUGACUUCGUCUUCCAACAAAAUGGAUGCGGAUGAUGCACCCGUCAGCGGUGGAGGUCUCAGUCAGGAUGGGAAAUUUAGCUAUGGAUACGCGAGCUGCUCAGGAAAAAGGUCAUCAAUGGAGGAUUUCUAUGACACAAGGAUUGAUGGUAUAGAUGGAGAGGUUAUUGGUCUAUUUGGAGUUUUUGAUGGUCAUGGAGGGGCUCGAGCUGCAGAAUACGUUAAGCAAAACCUUUUCAGCAAUUUGAUUAAACAUCCAAAUUUUAUUUCGGAUACCAAAUCAGCGAUAGCUGAUGCAUACAGCCAUACGGAUUCUGAAUUUCUAAAAUCAGAAAACAGUCAGAAUAAAGAUGCUGGUUCAACCGCUUCUACUGCUAUUCUCGUUGGCGACCGUUUAUUGGUUGCUAAUGUUGGGGAUUCAAGAGCUGUUAUCUGCCGUGGUGGGCAUGCCAUCGCUGUAUCCCGGGAUCACAAGCCAGAUCAGAAGGAUGAGCGGCAACGCAUUGAAGAGGCUGGAGGUUUUGUGAUGUGGGCAGGUACCUGGCGAGUUGGAGGUGUACUUGCCGUUUCCCGAGCAUUUGGCGAUAGGCUUUUGAAGCAAUAUGUUGUUGCAGAUCCAGAAAUCAAGGAAGAAAGGGUUGACAGUUCACUUGAAUUCCUUAUCCUUGCAAGUGAUGGGCUAUGGGAUGUAGUGACAAAUGAGGAAGCGGUGUCGAUGGUGAAGCCAAUAAAAGAGCCGGAGGAAGGAGCAAAGAGGUUGAUGCAGGAGGCUUAUGAGAGGGGGAGUUCAGAUAACAUUACCAUUGUCAUCGUCCGUUUCUUGGCUAAUGAUGAUGAUGAUCAUCCAGUUGCUGUUGUGGAUUCAUCUUCUUCUCACAACAGUAGUAGUGGUGCGUCUCUGGUUAACUAGUUAUAGUCAUACUAAGCAAGUGAUAUGACAUCUUUCUUUCUUUCACACAAGGUUUUAAUGUAAUUUGUAAGUAAUAUACUUAUAGGAUGAUGGGGAAAAGCAUAAACUGAAGAAAGGACUCCACAGUAGAAUGUGUGCGACUACCAGCUUAUAUUACACUGAAACGACUGAACCUCUACUAUUAUUGUUGUUGUUUUAAUUAUGAUCCUGUGUUUCAUUACUAUUGCUGUUUAUGUUUUUAUUGUUGUUUCAUUAUUUUAUUAUUGUUCUCGGGUAUAUCCUGAAUGCAAAAUUUUGCAUUUCAGGACAUUCGGGUACUUAUGCUACAGAUGUUGUUUGUUGACUUUUGAUGAAGAAUCAAUUACACCUCGAGAUGGUUGUUAAAAAUCAUUUCUUGUGUGUUCGUACUUGGUGUUUUUUCCCAUGUUUUUGACGCAAAUCUCUCAUAGCAGUCCAUGCGUUUUUGAAUAAUAUUCACC